CGAGGGAUCGUUUCGUCGGCCGUUGCGCCCGAGCUCAAUGAAGAGGUGAUAUGGCAAAUGAAUAUAAGAUGCAGGGAGGAAAUGGAUGCUGGACCUUAUCCUGAUCGUCCAGGGGAGCCAGAUUGUGCUUAUUUUGUUAGAACUGGCCUUUGCAGGUUUGGAAUGACUUGCAAAUUUAACCAUCCUGCCAACAGGAAGCUGGCUGCUGCUUCUGUUGCUGCCAGAGUUAAGGGAGAUUAUCCAGAGAGACCAGGCCAGCCGGACUGCCAGUAUUUCAUGAGGACAGGGACCUGCAAGUUCGGCGCAACCUGUAAAUUUCAUCACCCUAGAGAUAAGGCUGAAAUUGCUGGGCAAGUUCAGUUAAAUCUUCAAGGCUAUCCACUUCGCCCGAACGAAAAAGAAUGUUCUUACUAUUUGAGAACAGGUCAGUGUAAAUUUGGCUUGACAUGCAAAUUUCAUCACCCACAUUCCUCUACAGCACCUGGUCAACAAUCAUAUGCUGGGGGACUGACAAACUGGCCCCUCUCAAGAGCAUCUUUCAUUCCAAGUCCUCGCUGGCAAGGUCCUUCAAGCUAUGCUCAACUAAUUGUUCCUCAAGGGCUAGUUCAAGUUUCCGGAUGGAAUCCAUAUUCUAAUACCUCGCCCCAAAGCGAACCAAUUGCAGGAUCUCAAGGGUCGACAUUUUCAUCUUAUCGAGCUGGCUCUAUUCCUAUGAGUCUUUAUGCGGCACAGAAGGAAAAUAUCUUUCCUGAGAGACCGGACCAACCAGAAUGUCAAUAUUAUAUGAAGACCGGAGAUUGCAAGUUUGGCGCAGUCUGCAAAUUUCAUCAUCCGAGGGAGAGACUAACUCCUAUUCCGAACUGUGUCUUGAGUCCUUUUGGCCUUCCCUUGCGUUCAGGUGAACCGUUGUGUCUUUUCUAUUCUCGGUAUGGUAUAUGCAAAUUUGGUCCUAAUUGCAAAUUUGACCAUCCUGUUGGAACUUUCACAUACAGUCCUACACCAUCUUCUGGAAUCCCUACAUUAACAUUAUCAUCAGAAGCUGGCCAACUUAAUUCCAGAAGCCUCUCUAUAUCAGAACCUCGGCAAACUACUUCCUCAAUUGAAAACAUUGAAGCAGAGGGAUCACAUACCACUUCAAGCAUCGGACAAGUUACAACUUUUACUUGACUCUUCCUGGAUAAAAAUGUAAAUGAGUUUCUAAUGCGAGAUGUACAGUCUUUCAUGAUGAUUCAACUCUUUCAUUCUGAAGAGCUUCUUACACGAUUAAAAAGCGCAAAACCAUUCCAUAUUCCAAACAAUUCAUCUUGUAAAGUUGUUUCUGUUCCAUUUCUUAGGGUGAAAGAUAAAGUAUCCCUUGCCGUUGUAAGGAUCUUACGUUGUAAAAGGUCCGGUUUACCAUCUCAUCAUCUUUCUUGAUCAUAUCUUUCCUAUCUUGAUCUUGCACCUCUAAUGUCUUUUUAUCCUUUCCCCCCCUAAGGUCCAUCCAAGUCAGGCCAGUAUUUCUCCUCUUUCAUGUAUUGGCUUAUCAAGUUCUCUGGAUAGGGUAUUUGGAAAUUUUCUUCUUCUUUUCCCAGGUGACCGUUACUUGUCGCAUGUUAUAGAUACAACUAUACUGUGUGAUUCUUCUCUGGCAAUACUUCAGGCAACUGUAGAGUGUAUGUGUCAGAAGAGGAAAACAACAAGGAUGUAAUAAGUCAGUCUUCAAGAAAAUGAAGCAAACAUAACACCCUGAAAACAAGAAGGAUGUAAUAAGUCGGUCUUCGAAAAUGAAGCAAACAUAACACCCUGCUGAUUCUUGUUGUAGAUUUCUUCUGGUUCC